ACAAAUUUUUCAUGUAAAACAGACAUGUUUCGAGCAAAUAACUUACUGCGUUCUAUCCCUAUCAACAUAAUAUCAAGAAAUUAUCAAGUAUGCGUUGUUGGAGGUGCAACAGAAAUAGGGCAAACAGUUUCAUUGCUGCUACGAUCUGUACCUUUGAUAACGAAACUCGUUAUUCACGAUAACUUGAAGCACACAUCAGGCGUCGUACUUGAUCUAUCACAUGUACCUAUUAACUCCACUCUUCAAGGUUUCAUCGGAGAAACUACUCUUGAACGAGCUUUAAGAAGUUCAAACCUCAUAAUAGCAACUGGUGGCAUCUUACAAAGCCCUGGAACAUCCGAGCAGCACUGGUUCAAAACAAAUGCCGGCUUCAUAAAGACAUUAGCAGCGCGAGUCGCAAAAAUUUCUCCAAUGCCAUUUGUGGGAAUCGCAACUGAACCGAUAAACAUUCUAGUCCCGAUGGCCGCUGAAGUGAUGAGAAACAACGGUGAGUAUGACCCGAGAAAAUUGUUCGGGAUAACGUGUGGAGACCCUUUAAAAGUGCAAGCUUUAUAUGCGGCCGAAAACGAUUUGAAUCCCCAAGCUUGCAGCGUACCUGUAAUCGGAGGCCACUCGGACAGUACAAUCGUCCCAUUGCUGUCCCAAGCAAAACCCACAUGUACCAUGAAUGAGCAAAGUAUUCAAGAAUUCUCUUCAAAAAUUCGUUCUUCACAGGAAGAUGUUGUCAAUGCUAAAAAAGGCUGGUCGCCAACCCUAUCAGUAGCGUAUGGUAUUCUUGAAUUUAGCAGAGGUAUUCUGGACGCUCUGUACAGUCGUCCCACACAAAUUAAUGCUUACGUUGAGAAUAAUGAUUUCGGCACGUCCUAUUUCUCCGGGCUAGUGUUUGUGGAUAAAAGUGGAGCUGGUGAGAUGCAGAGAUAUACUAAUUUAUCGGAGUUCGAGUGCCAGUUGUUGGAGCGCAGUAUUGACCAAUUAAGACGAGAUGUCACAUUAGGAAAAAAAGUACUGGAACUGGCAUAGUCCCCUCUUCAAAAAAAGUACUUAAACGAAGCAAUAACCUUGUAUUGUACGUAGCCUUAUU